UUUUCGGCGAACGAGCACCACAACCUCCCUCAAACCCCCACCCCAAACAUCUAUCACAAACGCUGACCACCCACCCCCGACCUACUAUACAAUCCACCUUCACCCAAUGUUCCGCAACCAGUACGACUCGGACAUCACGAUAUGGUCUCCGCAGGGGAGGAUCCAUCAGGUGGAAUAUGCAAUGGAAGCCGUGAAGCAGGGUUCGGCGUGCGUCGGUCUGCGCUCCAACACCCAUGUUGUGAUAUUAGCUCUCAAGAGAUCACCCGGCGAACUGGCGUCGUACCAAAAGAAGCUGAUGCGUAUUGACGACCAUAUGGGGAUUGCGAUUGCUGGGUUGAUGUCAGAUGCGCGUGUGUUGAGCACAUAUAUGCGCGCAGAAGCUAUGAAGUCGAAACUUAUCUUCGACCGACCGCUGCCUAUUUACCGGAUCGUCGCUGCUAUUGGAGACAAGGCCCAAGUGAACACACAACGUUACGGUCGCCGCCCCUACGGUGUAGGACUGCUCGUGGCCGGUUACGACGACGCCGGACCACACCUCUUCGAAUGCGCACCCUCCGGCAACUUCUUCGACUACUACGCCAUCUCGAUUGGCGCCCGGUCCCAAUCCGCAAAGACGUAUCUUGAGAAGCAUUUUGAGUCGUUCGCAGAUGCAUCCCUCGACGACCUGAUCGUGCACGGCCUACGAGCGUUGCGGGAUACCAUGCAGCAGGACAAGGAGCUGGAUAUCAAGAACUGCUCUAUUGGGAUUGUGGGCAAGGGUGUCAAGUACCAUUCAUUGGAGGGCGAGCCUGUUCAGAAAUACCUCGACCUCCUUGGCGACGGUGCGGCCCCCGCCUCCACAGACGCACCAGCAGCACAAGACGAUACCGGUGCCGCGCCCAUGGAAACCGACCAAUAGUAUUCCCGUCUCCCCACCACCAGUAUAUACAGAAACGAUGCGAGCUGCGGGGUGUUCAUAGUGGAAAUGAUAUUUGCAAGAUAU